AUGGGUCGCAGAAAACUUACAGAAGACGAAGCAGCACUGUCAAAACACAAAAGACGUACUACAGAAACACAAAAUCAAAGCCGUAGACGACAACUAGCUCGACAACGUAUUGUUGAUAAUAACCGCAAUACACUAGAAUCUGUUACAACAGAUUAUUUAGGUCCAAUGAAUAUUUUGUGUCAACAUUGUAAAGCCAAGCAUUUCAAAGAUGAAACGGUUUCAAAUAAAGGAUUGUCCUUUAAUGAUUGUUGUGGUCACGGAUCAGUAAAAUUAAAUCCUUUACCAACUUUACCGCAUGAACUCAAGACAUUAUUCGACGGAGAACAUGAUAAAUCAUCAAGAUUUUUUGAGCGUAUACGAAAUUAUAAUAAUUCUUUAUCUUUUGCUUCAUUCAACGCAAAUUUGGUUAGUUUUCAAACGCGUCGAGCAGGUCCGUUUUGUUUCAAAAUCCAGGGGCAAAUAUAUUACCAAAUUAAUACAGCCCUAUACCCUAGCGAAGGCGAAAGUCCUUCGUUUGGACAACUUUUCAUAAUUGAUCAAAAUGAAGCUUUAGACUAUCGAAUUCAACAAAAUCCUGUUAUAGAUUACGAAUUAAUGACAAUUUUAGAUAGCAUAAUACGUAAUAAUAAUAUUUAUGCAAAAUCUUAUCAGAUGAUGAACGACGAAAUACGUGUACAGCAGUUGAUAACUGAAAUAAAUGGAAAUUCAAAGCAAUCCGAAUUGCAAUUAUUAUUUUCAUUAAAACCUGGUCAAGACAGUCGGCGAUAUAAUUUUCAACGAGUGAAUGAAGUUGCUGCAAUUUUUUCGACAACUGCUGACGGUGAAAUACCUGAAUCAUAUGUAACAAUAAGAAAUAAAAAUACAAAAACGUUACAAUGUGUUAGUUCCUUAGAUCCUAAUGUUGAGCCAUGGAUUUAUCCUUUAUUCUACCCAUAUGGUUCUCAAGGUUGGCAUCAAAAUAUGUUCCGCAUAAAUCAAAAUCGUAGAAUUACACGAUUAGAUUAUACUAAAUAUCGAAUGGCCAUAAGAGAAAAUGAAUUUAACCCUAUUAUAAGAGGACGUAGACUGUUUCAACAGUGGGCUGUGGAUAGUUAUGUAAAAAUUGAAAAAGAUAGAAUUCAGUAUUGCAAAAAUCAUCAAAAAGAAUUGAGAGCUGAUACAUAUCAAGGUUUACAUGAUCACAUGAGAAAUUGUGCAAAUGAUGUAAAUGGACGUGUAGGUAAAACUAUAAUUCUUCCUUCAACAUUUACGGGUUCUCCACGAUAUAUGCAACAAUGUUAUCAAGAUGCAAUGGCUAUUGUUAAUGAAACAGGAAAACCUGAUAUUUUUCUAACAAUGACAUGCAACCCGAAUUGGCCAGAAAUAUCAGAAAAUUUGUUGCCAGGCCAACAAGCUGCCGACAGACCAGAUUUGGUAGCAAAAGUUUUCGAUCUGAAAAAGGAUCGUUUACUUGAUAUUGUUAUAAAAAAAAAAUUCUUCAGAAAAGUUGCGUCUUACGGUGUUUACACACGAAUGAAAGAGAUUGACUCGAACAAACAAGUUGACAAAAGGCAAUUCGAGAUACGUAAUAAAUCGGGUAUCGUAAUAAUAAAGGUUCACUGA